ACAUUUUUGGAGACAAAUGGGAUUCAUGUGGAAGGAGAGGAGGAACAUAGUGGAGCAAAUGCUAAUGAAGUUGGAGAUGAUGAUGAUGAUGAUUUCUCGGAUGAUGAGGACUAUGUUGGUGAAUAUGAAGAUGAAGUUCUUCAUGGUGAUGACAAUCACCUUAUGGAAACUAACAAUGUUAAAGAUACUCCAAAGACUAGAAGGACACGAGGAAAAACAAGGUGUGCUAAAAUCCAUGCAAGAAGUUGGGAAGAAAGAGAAGAGGUGACUUUUUAUGAAGGACAAGCAGUGGGACCAACUCCAAGAAGAGUGAAGGAUUUAACUUACUUUAUUGGAACAAUGGGAAGGAAUAGCGAUUUCAUAACAUUGAUGUACACUAGUUGGAAAGCUGUGCCCCUCAAAGUCAAAAAGCGCAUAUGGAAAUAUAUUAAUUCAAAGUUCAUUCUUCCAAAAGAGGGGAAAGGGUGGGUGAUGACUGGUGUUCGAGAAGCUUGGAAAGGUUACAAAACAAGAAUCAAGGGAAAGCAUUUUGAGAGAUAUAACAACAUUGAAGAUAUGCUGAAAAAUCGCCCUUUAGAUAUUCCAGAAGUUCAAUUUCAAAAGUUAAUUGCAUAUUGGAGUAUUCCUUCUGUUAAGGCUCUAUCUCGUUUAAAUUCUGAAAAUCGUAAAAAGCAACAACAUCAACAUCGAAUGGGACCUAUAAGUUUUGCAAGAGUGCGUAAUGAAAUGGAUAAACUUAAGAGCCACCAAGAAGCUGGAGACACUUCCGAGAAAGCAUUUACGCAGUAUUUGGCAAAGAACAACCAGGAAGAGUUCGAUGUUAUGGGAGGACAAUCACAAAAACAUCUCUGCAGAAAGAACGGGAGAUUGCUAAAAUUAAGCAACAACAUGCAGAGACUAUAA